AUGGAUCCAGUUCACGAGGAUCUCGGCAGCUCUGAUACGGAUUUGGAGGUUGGACAGACGCAACUUAUCCCAAGCCACACCGCAGGCAUUGCUACCCAUAUCCAGAAGAUGAUGAGGAGCUUGCAGGAGAGCUCGGAAGCAGGCUGCGCGGUCAACAGGGGCGCCUUUGAUGACGCCUUCGCUUCUUACGAGGAGCGGCACCCCGAUAAGAAAGGCGCCGUGCUGCGCGCCCAGUGGAUGGCUGACUACGCUCUGCCUUUCCCAGGAGCCACCCUCAUGGACGCCGCGUACAUGAUGCUGGAAGAUCCAGAUCAGCAGGACAACGAGCAGGUCAUGCAGCUCCGAAAGGAUGAGGUGAAGCGUGUUGUGAUUGCUAACCCGAAGACGCCAACAGAUGCUCUCUACUUCAUUCGCCAGAUCUGUAACAAGUGGGUCCAGAUCGGGUCGGCUACGCAUUUCGUGGAGUCAUGGGAGGAAGUUCCGCUCGUUCAUGGGGGCCUAUUGGACUUUCUCAAGGAGGAGCGGAAGAAAAAGAAACAUAUCGAGAAAUCAGACAAGGAGAACGUGGCACCCAAGAAGAGAGACCAGAGCGGCAUUCAGAAAGUGCAGAACGAGUGGAUCCUGAAGAACUACCCCCAUACUUUCAAGGGCGGCUACGAGGACUUUACCCGGGCAAAAAUCACUCGCUCACAUUUCGAGGAGAUUGGCAUCUAUAGCAAGUGCGUGACCUAUGCCAACGAGCACUGCCGCUACGAGUGCAAGGAGCUCGACACUGUGAAGGUGUUCCUGGUCUUAUCUGAGAUCCUCAAGUCUCUCGGCGACCACAAGAACCACGCGGACGUGCUGAUGGAGUUGUUUCGGUUCUGUAUUCCAACGGACGACGGCGUGGAGUGGAUAUUUCAGACCACGGCAGAUGUGAGAGCCAGGAGCCCCGCGCUUAUCCAAUCUAUGACGGAAAGCAAGGUGUUCAGACUGGCGGUGAAAACGACCGACACUGCCUUGGAUGCUACGAACUCGGCAGAGCAGCAGAAAGAGAACAAGCCGAAUAAGACCACGCACGACAAGAAAAAAGAGAAGAAGAGUCACCCAGGCGAUAUUGGAUCUGACAAGAACCCUGUUUUCAUUGACGACGCCUUCAAUGCUGUGAUGUAUCCAGUUCGGGCAGUGGUCCAGGAGCAAAGGAAGCCCAUCAUUUUACAAAAGGCGUUGGCGACUGCGCUGAGGUUCGGCAUGAAGCUUCAGAAGGAGAAAAUCGAGUUCGGCCUCGAAGGUGAGGCGCCCAAGGAAUACAAGCAGUGGUCGUCGCUCAGGCCUCAGCUGAAGAAAUUUGUGCGACUUGCCCACAAUCUACCCCCUACUGAUGAGGAGGAUCCAGAUAUCCGCAAAGAAGCACCGGGCGACGAGGUCCCACAGGGCCCACAGGAGGAACACGUCGAGAAGGACUGCGAAUCCGCAGUGGACUCCUCGACCAAGUUGCUCAACGUCAUCGGGAACCCCACGAACAGAGCAAAGGUGCUUGGCAAAUUCAAGGCGUUUCUGGAGGACAACCCCCCAACCGACAACCUGGACGAGUUGGCCAGCAUGCACUGCGUCUUGAUGAAGAUGUCAUCUAGUAUUACCCUGGCACUGCGUAAAGUCUCCAACAACCUGUACCAGUACUUGGGAUGUUGCACCUGCCCCACAGACAUCUCGCUCGCUGCCGUCAACAAGGUUAUGGAUACGAUCAAAGAAAAAGUGCCCACGUCGUUCUUCGAAGUGGUCCACGGCAUCGUUGACUUGGCCGACGCCACCUCGCCCGACGCAGACGCGCAGGAUCUGUCAACGACGCUGGCUGACACUGGUUUCGGACCUUUUGCGGAAGAUGUGUUCGGCGACCUAGCUUCUCUGAAGGCGGUGCAAGCUUCGAGGUUCCGCUACGCGCUGAAGCUUUUCCAACUACUCGACAAGCACGCGUCUGGGGCAGAGUACGAGCACUUCAAGGCAGGCGUCGCCUUCGCAGAGCGCCUGUCCGACCAACUCACAGGCUUCGAGGCAGUGUACGGAGACGACCCUCACAAGUUCUGGACAAACACGUUCGAGUAUGCCGAUGUGUUGAAGGCGGAGGUGGUGACGGCUCGUUCGGAUGCCGAAUGGCGAACCCAUGAGCACACGAUCAAGUCGAAGGUAACUGCAAUGAAGAAGGCCGACAUCACAGCUGCCAUAAAGAAGUACUUCAAAGAAGACGGUGUGGACUCCACGGACACCUCUACCAUCGACUCGAUGCUGAAGGAGCAAGUGACCGAACUUCUGAUUAAGAAAAAAAUCGAGGAGUCUCGCUCUGGACACGCACUCUUGCUGGAGAAAUUUAACGAGCGGCUCCAGGAGGUGUACGCUGGUAGUCUUUCUGGUGGCUCUGCAGUCGACGUGUCUGGUGCGUUGGCCGAGUUGACGGAGGCCAGUGCCACGAUCGAUGAGAAGCUUCACACGCCGCCCUUCCUUGGCAUCGAGUCGUCCAGGGCAGCGACCACUUCUUGGAAAUGCUACGCAGCUGGGCUUACGUUGACACAGGAGUUGGCGAAGAAGUACAUCGGUCUUGUGAAGGAUGGCUGUGCGUUGGACAUAGCAGAUCGAGGGCAUGAACACAUUCUCACUGCACAGGAUGCGUUUUCGAAGAAGGGCAAACCCAAAUUCGUUUUGGACGGUUCUUGCGACGAUUUCAUUCACAAGUCGGAGUCGAUCAAGCUAUUCUUCAUCGGUGAGGUGGUGAUUUCGACAAGUACGACAGCUGACCACCCUGGGCUAUGCAUCAACCUAGGGACUGUGAACAUCGACUGCCAGACUUUCAACAUGGUCUUGAAAGCCGAUCCUCGGUUCACUGACCCACGCUCGUCUCUUUGCAACUCAGCGUGGUGCAUCCGUGGUGUGCCGACCGACGAAGCUUUCAUGAAGUUGUCCGAUCAUGAGAAGUUUGAUGUCGAUACUUGCGCAGGGCCCAUCACGAUUCACAUGCCUUCACUGGUUGUGGAUAUGGGCAAGGCGAAUGAGCUUCACCAGGCGGCCAAGAGGUUUGCUGAGAAGCGUGACGCCUACGUGGCUUACGAGAGGGAGUACAAGGGUGCAAGAAAGGACAAGGAGAAAGCUCCGACGGGCACGACCGCAGUCGAGGUCACGCGCCCGGUGUUCGCCCACGAGCUGGAGCGGGAGCAGCAGCGCAAGAAGCAGCAGGCCAAGCACGUGCUGGGGUGA